UUAAUGAAAUUAGUGUAGGUAAAAGAAAUGUGUACAUUUUAUUUUGGCAAAAUAAGUAAGAUGUAAAAUACACUUUUACCCAUAAUUUAAUGCAUUAUACAAAUUAAAAUACUCGAAUAAUAGUGAAAGUAUCAAUGCUCAAGCAAAUUUAAUUCAGAAAUCUUUAGAACGUAGAAGUAUACAUCAGUUUGCUACUUGAAAUGAUUGCUCAAGAAAAGGAAAAAGAAAAACCUAUAGAAGACAAAAGGAGUUCCCCGGAUAUUUCGUCUGAAAACGCGAAAACUAACAGAACUUUAGAGUUUAUUAGUAAGAUUAAGACCUAUAAAAUUGCAUUAGGUGCAUCCGUUAUUUUCUUAUCAAUAAUUACCAUUAUAACAUUACUGGUUUUAUUCAGUGGGCAGAAAGUUACUGUACCCUCUAAAGAUGGGAAAAUAAUUGCCCAUACUAGCUGCGGAGAAGUCGAAGGCUUAAUGGAAGACAGUUCAUUUGCGUUCCGGGGAAUUCCAUUCGCUAGACCUCCAAUCGGAGACCUACGAUUUAAAUAUGCUCAACCUCUGGAUAAAUUAGACUAUUGUUGGAACGGCACUUUCAUAGCCCACAAUGAUUCAGGCGUUUGUCUGCAAAUCCUCGGCAACGGAACAUUAAUCGGAAAAGAAGAUUGCCUUACUCUAGACGUUGUAACUCCUUAUGUUCGCUAUGAUAAUCCACUACCGGUAAUCGUAUUAAUCGGCGCUGAGAGCCUCAUAGGCGGCUCUCCGGGGAAAAUGAGACCUUCGGCGAGGUACGCAAGAUCCAGAGACGUGGUGUUUGUGAGGCCUAAUUUCAGGCUCGGCGCCUUAGGCUUCCUCGCGUUGGACGCAAUAUCUCAAUCAGACUAUCCCAAAACUUCAGGCAACUACGGUUUGAGCGACAUAUUGGAAGCUUUGAAAUGGGUUCAAUAUAAUAUAGAACAUUUUGGUGGCAACAAAAAUGCUGUUACAGUAUUCGGACAUCGAGCCGGGGCUACGCUCAUCACAGCCCUAAGCGGAAUGCGAGGAGCCAGUAAAUAUUUCAUAAGGGCUUGGGCUUCGUCAGGUAGCAUAAUUUACCCACAAGAAGAUUUAAAAGAGUAUGAGGUCGAGAACAGGAGCUUCCUAGACUCGGUUCGUUGCGCUGAUAUUAAAUGUUUAAGAGAAAUUGAUGCAGAAACGUUGGUGUCUUCUAUCGAAGACACUUGGAGAAAGCCAUCGUUGGAUUUACCUUCCAUAGAGGAGAAGCCGGAGAAGAGGCAUCACUGGCUGGUGCAGGAUGGUCGAUUUUUGAAGUCGGCCGAUUUCAACCGCACCUGGGAGAACAGCAAAGGAGCACCGGUAAAUUUGAUAAUAGGCACCACCUCCCACUCGGCCAGUUCUGAGAAGCUUCUAAUGAAACAUAAAGAAUGGACGAGUGAAUUAGUCAGGCAACACGUCCUGCAAUCUUUUAUGUCCGAAAAUCCGAUGGUCGAGGACGUUUUAUCCAUGUACAAUUUAACUUAUGAAGAUUUGAGCAAAAUGAUAUCGGACAUUCGAAUAGUUUGCCCGCUUCUCCAUCUUUCUAGUCAAAUGAAGACUGUACCUUUCUAUGUGGUCACGCAGACUCGAUUUCCGGAAGAUAUUGCCGAUAUCGAUUCGGACGUGGACGCGAUUUUAGGCAGGUACGAGCCCAGAACGCCGGAGCAGAGAAGAUAUUUCUCGGCUAUGCAGGGGUUGUUCUACCAUUACGUGUGGCAUGGUAACAUCGAAGAGAACAUGAUCGGUCAGAGAGUGUUAGUUGUAGGACAAGAUGUUCUGCCCAACUCGACGUAUUCACACUGUGAUUAUUGGAUGCAGAAAAACGUUGUGCCGAAAUAUGCUGCUCUGGAUUAAUAUAUUUAAGGAAAUCCCGUUUAUUUAUUCUUCGUGUAGUGUGUAAAAGUGAAUGUAUU